AUCAACACAUUUUUGGUAUUAGACUAUUGUAGCUCAUAUCAUCUGUCACCCAUGGCGAAGUGCAGCAGCUUCCAAGGAUUAUUCUGGUUGCUUUCCAUGAUUCUUCUAGCAUCCUUUGUUGCUCAUGCACGCACAACAAGUGGGCACACCAAAGAGGACAGCAAUGCUAGGAACAUGACGAUGACCAAGACGAGGGCAUCGGGCAACAUACUUGUUAGCCGUAAUGACGACGGGCCAUGCUAUCUAGAUUCCGGUCUUAAUGAGUACGUCUGCAGAAAGACUAAUAAGUGCUAUAAGAGCUUGGUGCUCUGCGUGGCGAGUUGUCAACCAUCAUCAUGAAUUCAUGAUACUGCGGAGACAUCAUGAUACUGCGGAGACAGACGGCGAGAGAUGAGGCUAGCUAGAUGCUGUUUCACCAAAAUAUUAUGUAACACCCAAAUCUCCCAUUUUAAGAAAUAAAUAAGAUUUUCGAAAAGAUUAUUUGAA